UCUGCUCUCUGUUAUAUGCAUCACUCAUCACUCUUCACUUAUUAGUUAUUACUCAUCACUAGCUAAGAUGGCUUCCUCCUUAUCUUUUCUAGUGCUGCUCUUUGGAGCUCUGAUCCUAAGCCCACAAGGGUUUGCUAGGGUUCCUGCAGUACCUGUUCAUGAGUCACCAAAUGACACACCAUCACCUCUUUUUAAAUCUCCAAACAACUCCCCAUCACCUGUUUUUGAAUCACCAAACAAGACACCAUCACCUCUUUUCAAGUCUCCAAGUAACUCACCAUCACCUGCUUUCAAGUCUCCAAACAACUCACCAUUCAACAAGGCACCUGUUUUUGAGUCACCAGACAAAACACCAUCACCUGUUUUCAAAUCUCCAAGCAACUCACCAUCACCUACUUUCAAGUCUCCAAACAACUCACCAUUGAACAAGGCACCUAUUGUUGAGUCGCCAAACAAGACACCAUCGCCUGUUUUUGAGUCACCAAACAAGACACCAUCACCUGUUUUCAAAUCUCCAAGCAACUCACCAUCACCUACUUUUAAGUCUCCAAACAACUCACCAUUGAACAAGGCACCGAUUUUUGAGUCGCCAAACAAGACACCGUCACCUGUUUUUGAGUCAACAAACAAAACACCAUCACCUGUUUUCAAAUCUCCAAGCAACUCACCAUCACCUACUUUUAAGUCUCCAAACAACUCACCAUUGAACAAGGCACCUAUUGUUGAGUCGCCAAACAAGACACCGUCACCUGUUUUUGAGUCACCAAACAAAACACCAUCACCUGUUUUCAAAUCUCCAAGCAACUCGCCGUCACCUGCUUUCAAGUCUCCAAACAACUCACCAUUCAACAAGGCACCGAUUUUUGAGUCGCCAAACAAGACACCAUCACCUACUCUCAAGUCGCCAAACAACUCGCCACUCAACAAAGCACCUAUUUAUGAGUCACCAAACAACUCACCAUUUAAGGCUCCUUAUGGCACUCCGAAUUAAAGCGAAUUGAAUGAACCACCAACAUAAUAAUAUGCAUGCAACAAGCUAGGCAUAUAUAACUCAACUAUAUAUAUGUACAUAUCUGAUAAUAAAUAAGUGGUCUCUCCAGUUUCGUCCUUAUCUAUUGCAUGCAUGCAUGCUUAGUUUUCUUCGUCUCGUAUGUUAAUCACUAGCUUAAUCAAUCAAAGAGACGAGUAUUAUUAUUCUUGGUUACUUCAUUUCAAUUCUCUCUACAAUUCUGUGGCCAAGAACACAUAAGCAUCUCUCUCUCUCUCUCUAUAGACGUAAGGUCAGUGAAGUUAAGGAGUAAAAUAUGGUGCUUUGUGUACUCCUAAUUUAUUAUAAAUAAAAUCAUUAUGUUGA